CGGCGGCGGAGAAGGUGGCUCAGGACCUGGACUACAUGGACACAUCUGUGCACGAGGUGAAGCCGAAGAAGGGCGAGGUCUGGACCCAGUUGCAGUCAAGGAUGGUCCUCAUGCUACUCUUCGACCUCCGCAAGGAAGGUCGCUCUGGGAACGAGGUGGUGUUGCAGGCCGAUACCUUGUUUUAA